AUGUUGGAGGGGGAGGAGAGCCAGGUGGAGCUGCGGGAGCAUAUCGACAGCCUGGCCACAGAGCUGUGUCGCAUCAACGAGGACCAGAAAGUGGCGCUGGAUCUCGAUCCCUAUGUGAAGAAGCUGCUGAAUGCUCGGCGCAGGGUGGUGCUGGUCAACAACAUCCUGCAGAACGCCCAGGAACGGCUGCGGAGGCUGAACCACAGUGUGGCCAAGGAGACAGUGCGGAGGAAGGCCAUGCUGGAGGCGGCGGGUGGCUACCCCCAGGGCCUGCCUGGCAAGUGA